GUGGCGCAGCUGGCAGGAACCGUGGAGCGGGAACCGGGGACGGCCUGAGGCGGCGACGUGUUGGUGGGACAGGGAGUCUUUGCUUAUUUAAGUUUAUUUCUUGUGUUUUAAAGAGAGAACUGCAGUUGUCUAGCAGGUGUUUUUAACUUGUCAGCUGGAUUUCUUGUUGAGCAGUGUUCAAUAAUGGAGGUUGGAUGGUUCUCUCAACUGAGCCAUUUUCCUCAGUGACGGAAGGGGGAGUGUUCAUUAGAGAAUUAAACCAGAUAAGACAACUCAGCUGAUGACCAUGAGCCAUUCUAGCCUCUUCUUUCAUAGCUUCCUAAUUUUGGAGUAUUUUUAGGGAUAAGGGAGAAUCCUUCCUUGGAAAAUUUGGGAUGGCACAUGCUCGUAUCUCAGAAAACCUGCCUCCUGAUAUAGAUCCCACAAAAGCUCCUGUUGCAUUUGGAAGGAGAGCCCUUCCUAAACUGAACGAGGAGUUACAGUCUCCUGAGCUGCUGACUCAGCAGCGGGCACUGAUGGCGCUCUGCGAUCUGGUCCAUGACCCAGAAAAAGUCUACCAGGCAGUAGAAAUAGGAUUCUUGGAUAACCUGAAGACUCUGCUGCUACAUCAUGACCAUAUUGUCCGACAAAAAACAACACAAAUCCUCUACAUAAUGGCUAUGCAUAGUGUUGGCAGGCAAGGGUUGAUCCAAAAUGGAGUAAUUUCUGCCCUCACUGAGCUCUUGGAUGAUCCAGUAGACAUCUGUCGGAAGAACACGCAUCAGAUUUUUGAGAUGGUGGCAAGAUUACCGGAAGGGGCUGUUGGCGUUCUGAGUGCCGGUUUGGUUCCCUUCCUUGUACUCAAGCUGAAGACUGAGUCAGAGGAAAUCCAGGAGCUAAUCCUCGAUACACUCUCCAACUGCCUGCGUGUGGAGGCUUCUGAAGCUCUAGAAACUGAUGCCGUCACUAUCCUGAAGGAAAAGCUCACACACUCAUCGGUGGUCAUCAGAAGCAAAGCAGCUUGUGUCCUGUUAGAAAUCAGCACCCAUCCAGAGGGGAAAGUCGCGGUAUGUGAAGAAGUUAUUCCUGUGCUGGUGAACCUGUUGGAAGACACAGACCCUGAAGUCCAAGCUAGUGCAGCAGGAGCACUGAUGUUUGCUACUAUAAGACCUCAGGGGAGAUUCUCAGCCCUGGAUGCUGAGGCCAUUCCACCUUUGCUGAAGUUGGUUGCUGAGGAAACCAGCAAAGCCCGUCUGAGUGCAAUCAAAACCCUCACCAUGCUGGCUGAGGUACCCCAGGGCCGCAGGACACUCCUAGAUCACACAGACACAUUUCAGCAGUGUCUGAAUGACCCCUCCGAGGCAGUGAAAAGAGCUGCCGAAAUUGCCAUCAGUGUCAUCAAAUGGAAACCUUUCUCAAGACGUGAUGUUUCAUAGAGAUCUAUUGCCCUCUGUUGUUCUCUGGCUGUAAAAGUUGCAUGAUUAUAUGAAACCUUCAAAACCAAAA